AUGUCCACCUUUGGGCAGUUCCUGCGCGUAACGACAUACGGCGAGAGCCAUUGUCCCAGCGUCGGAUGCAUUGUCGACAAUUUCCCCCCCGGGGUUCCGGUCUCGGAGGACGUACUUCAGCCUCAGAUCUCCCGCCGUCGCCCCGGUCAAAGCUCGAUCACGACGCCUCGCAAUGAGGCCGAUCUCGUGUCAAUCCAGUCAGGGGUGGAGGGAGGAGUCACCCUCGGGACCCCGAUAGCCAUGGUGGUCAAGAACCAGGAUUUCCGCCCCGCCGACUACAAAGGAGACACCAUGAAGCAGUAUCCUCGCCCCAGCCACGCCGACUUUACCUACCUCGAGAAGUACGGAGUUCGUGCGUCGUCGGGCGGUGGCCGCUCGAGCGCCCGAGAAACUAUCGGCCGUGUGGCCGCCGGCGCCCUCUGCGAGCACUACCUCAAGCUCGCCCACGGCGUCGAGAUUGUCGCUUGGGUUUCCUCGGUCGGGAACAUCCACCACAUGCCGCCGACAGCCGAGCACCCUUGCACCUCCCACAACCCCAAGUUUGUCCAACUGCUUCAGUCGGUCACGCGGGAAGCCGUCGACAAGUCGCCCGUCCGGUGCCCGGACCCGGAGGUGGCUGCCAGGAUGGAGCAGUCCAUUGCCGACUUCCGAGAUCGCCAGGACAGCAUCGGAGGCACGGUGACGUGCGUCGUUCGCAACGUCCCCACCGGACUCGGCGAGCCCGUGUUUUGCAAGCUGGAGGCGACGCUCGCCCAGGGCAUGCUCAGCAUCCCGGCCACCAAGGGAUUCGAAAUCGGCUCCGGGUUUGAAGGGACGGAAAUCCCCGGAUCCGCCCACAACGACAUGUUCAUCCGCAACCCCGCGGCUGAUUCGGAUGCGCGCAACGGAUUCGCGAAACCAAAGCUCACCACCUCGACCAACAACAGCGGAGGUAUCCAGGGGGGGAUCACAAACGGCGCGCCCAUCUUUUUCCGCGUCGCCUUCAAGUCGCCUGCGACGAUUGGGCUGCCCCAAGAAACGGUCACGUUUGCCGGAGCAAGUGACGGGCUCCUGGAGGCCAAGGGGCGCCAUGACCCCUGCGUUGUUCCGCGCGCCGUUCCCAUCGUGGAGGCCAUGGCUGCGAUUUGCAUCAUGGACGCGCUUUUGCUGCAAGGAGGCAGAAGGAUGGCGACGCGCGCCCCGUGA